AGGUUAGCUAGGGAGUGACGUUUGUUAGGGAGUGACGUUUACAGUGCCGAACGAGGUUCAUUGAUGUCUUGGUUGAAGUAUAUUUUCGACCUAGAUUCAUUGAAGUCAGCAACUCCAGUGAGGCGGCGGGGAGACCAAAACACGGUUAUGAUCAAACGUAGCAGGCAUAGAAGGAUCCCUGAGCGGAGUCCCUACUUCUGUUUUUUUUUAUGGGAAACUGAAGUUGGGUUGAAAAUACUGUAUCCCUGAAAACCAGAAACAUCCGCUUUCUUCCGAUUCCGUGGAGAGUGCAUUGAUCGAGACAGUAACGAAGCCUUUUCUAAAUUCAAAUGCACCACCUGCAACUGGACACUGACAUUUUAGAAGAUGCAUCUUUGGCAGAAUCGAGAACAAAGCUAGUAUCGCCACGUAAAGCCUAAAUCCUUUGGCUCCCACCACAGCCUCCACACCUGUGUGUCCUGGGAACUGCUAGCCUUCCCUCACCAGAUGUAGUGGGGAGUUGUCGUUUCCAGCCUUGUACACGACCUUUGUGCUGUCUAGUGAAGUAACCCCACCAUGCGUGAAUACAAGCUUGUGGUGUUAGGCUCCGGCGGUGUCGGCAAAUCUGCACUGACUGUCCAAUUUGUACAAGGUAUUUUUGUGGAAAAAUAUGACCCCACAAUAGAAGACUCCUACAGAAAGCAAGUUGAAGUGGACGGGCAGCAAUGCAUGCUUGAAAUCCUUGACACAGCUGGAACAGAGCAGUUCACAGCAAUGAGGGACCUGUACAUGAAGAACGGUCAAGGCUUCGCUCUUGUAUACUCCAUCACUGCACAGUCCACGUUUAACGACCUACAGGACCUGAGGGAACAGAUCCUGAGAGUAAAGGACACUGAGGAUGUCCCCAUGAUCCUGGUAGGCAACAAGUGUGACCUGGAGGAUGAGCGUGUGGUGGGCAAAGAGCAGGGACAGAACCUGGCCAGACAGUGGAACAACUGUGCCUUUCUAGAGUCCUCCGCUAAAUCAAAGAUCAACGUUAAUGAGAUUUUCUAUGACCUGGUCAGACAGAUCAAUAGGAAAACGCCGAUAGAAAAGAAGAAAGCAAAGAAGAAGUCAAAUUGCACACUGCUCUAAAGUUCUUACUUGCAGCAGCUCUGAGCCAGGAAACUGAAUUACACAACUGUUGCCCAUUUGGAAGGUGCCAGCAUUCCAAGACCUUUCAACAACGUUUGGAGAAGUUUGAUAAAGGCAGACAAGUAAUUAUCUUCCUCACCACUCUAAUAUUGGAGGAUUCUUCUUCUUUGAUACUCUUCUCUGCUUCUUAAUGGUUACAGAUCUUUUUGUCUUUUUAAAAUGUUGUCAAUGGGUCAGCCUUGUGAGGAAGAGUUUUGCCUUUCCCCUGUUUUGGAAAUUAUAAUUUAAAAGAAGAGACCACCAUGCGGAUUUGGGGAAUUAGGUUGUUUUGAUUGCAAAUAUUGUCAGAUCUUCGGCACAUUUCAAAUGACAAAACGUUUGCAAAAUAAAUCAUGGGAAAUGUUGGCCUUUUUCAUUACCAUACCCUUCUGCACUAAUUGUGUCAACAGUAAUGCAUCAAUGUCCAUAUGUUUUCUUUCUCCUACUACUCUUAAGUACUUUUAUUCAUCAAAUAACAUAUUUCCUAAGUGACUUUGUUUUAUGGGAAGCUGUAAGGCUUUCAUAUUUCCCAUAAUAUAUUCUGAUUACUUUUUUGCAUAAUGCUGUGGAAAAUGUAUAUUUUAUAGAAUGGGGGAAAUGAGACUUGAUUUGUUUGUCUUGAGGCUGAAAAUAUAUUGUACUAAAAACCAACUCUAAUAUUGCUUCUUGUUACCCUGUCACAAAAGAUUUUCCAGCUUUUAUGAAUGAUUAAAUUUUAGUACAUUUUCAUUA